UGUCAUUAGGCAAGAAAUGUAUGUAUCGUGUACAAAUCUUUGUGGAUAUAUGGACGGAGAAAUUAUAGGAUAUCAGAGCAAUUAGCCUACAUCUUUCGCGGAUUCUGUAGUUUUCCCAGCUAGAGAUUAGCAGAGCGGCAUGAAUAACUCAAACACAGGUGUUGCAGUUUCCGUCAUCGAAAUUAAAGGAUAUACAUACAUAUCUCUUUGUUCCUGCAGCAAGCUGCAAAGAGAACGCUUGUUGGUAGAACAAAGUAUAUGCCCCCAUGACACCGAGUCCAAGCAGCAGGCUCGAGCAUGAGCUGGAGAAGCCCCCACAUCCGCAUGGGCUGGAUGCCCAUUUCAUGAGGAGGCUUGUGAGCCGGAGCUGGGAGGAAUCCAGGCUGCUAUGGCGCCUUGCCUUCCCGGCGCUCCUGACGGAGGUGUUUCAGUUCUCCAUCGGUUUCGUCACCACCGCCUUCGUUGGGCACCUCGGAGAGGUGGAGCUCGCGGCUGUCAGCGUCGUGGAGAACAUCUUGGAUUCCUCUGCCUAUGGGGUCCUGUUUGGCAUGGGCAGCGCGCUGGACACGCUGAGCGGGCAGGCCGUCGGCGCCGGGCAGCUGGACAGGCUGGGCACCUACACGCAGCAGUCGUGGAUCAUCUGCGGCGCCACCGCGCUGGCGCUGGCGCCGGCGUACGCCUUCGCCCCGCGGCUCCUGCACUCGUUCCUCCACCAGCCCGACCACGUGUCGCGCGCCGCCGGGCCGUACGCCCGCUGGGCGAUCCCGAGGCUGUUCGCGCACGCCGUGAACAUACCGCUCCUCAUGUUCUUCCAGGCCCAGAGCAGGAUCUGGGCCGUGGCGGCCAUCUCCGGCGCGGUCCUCGGCGUGCACGCCGCGCUCACCUACGUCGCCGUCACGAGGCUCGGGUACGGCAUGCCCGGGGCCGCCGUCGCCGGGGACAUCUCCCACUGGCUCGUCGUCGCCGCGCAGUUCGCCUACAUGACCGGCGGCCGCUUCCCCGACGCGUGGAAGGGCUUCACCGUGCGUGCGUUCGACAACCUCGGCGCCUUCGUCAAGCUGUCGCUCGGGUCCGCCGUCAUGAUCUGCUUGGAGUUUUGGUACUACACCACGCUUCUCGUCCUCGUGGGUCUCCUCAAACAUGGCAAACUCCAAAUCGACAUCAUGUCAGUCUGCCUCAACUUCGAGUUCUUGACUGUAAUGGUUGCGCUGGGCUUCAGCACAGCAAUCGGGAUUAGAGUGUCCAACGAGCUGGGUGCAAACAGGCCCAAGGAGGCAAAGUUUGCAGUGCUUGUGGCAGUAUCGACAUCCAUGUUCAUGGGAGCAGUCUUUAUGUGCGUCGUCCUCAUCUGGAGGACGAGCCUGCCAAAGCUCUUCAGCGACAGCGAGGAGGUGAAACGUGGAGCUUCCAAGCUGGGGCAUCUCCUCGCUCUCACCGUAUGCGUCAGCAGCAUCUGGCCUGUGCUAUCAGAUUCCUGUCUGUUUUCUUUCAGGCGUGGCCGUAGGAGCUGGGUGGCAAGUGCGUGUGGCGUUCAUAAACGUCGGUUGCUACUACCUAGUGGGCAUUCCGAUGGGUAUCCUGCUUGGGUUCAAGCUAAAACACGGCACAAUGGGCAUAUGGAUGGGCAUGUUGACAGGCACGUUUCUCCAAAUGUCAAUACUUCUCGCCACUAUCUUCACAACAAAGUGGGAUAAACAGGCCGCACUGGCAGAAGUGAGAAUGGCGGAGUGGGGAGGAAAGAACGAGAACCUAACACUGACGGAAACAACACAUACAGAUGAUCUGAUGGCUCCUGUGCAAGAGAAAAUGUUGGCGAAUGACAGCCAGAAGAAUGUAGAAUUAGUGCGCAUAGAUUGAUCACAGAGUAUAUUCAUUUCAGCUCGAGACAGUAUUUCAUUGUUUACUAGGAUGAUAGUAUGAAUCUAUUUUUUUUAUAAAUAAUCUCUCCGUUCCAAACUAGCUAGUAGUCGUUUUAGUUCUAGAUUUUUUUUGUCUAUAUUCAUAUGGGCGAUAACGAAUUUAGACACAUAUAGAACAUGAAUCCAAUAAAAUGGUAAAACGGAUUUUAAUUUGGUACGGAGAGAGUAUAUUCUUAUUAAAAAAUUCCAUAUAUCAAGUUUCGACUACCAGUCUAAAAGAAUCUCUAAACUAACACUUGGUUGCAUUAUUUUCAGCUGUUCCUUACCUUCCAAUAAGAUUUAGGUUUAUUUUCUCCAUGUAUACGUUGAGUUUUAAUAAGACUUGUAUUUUCUUUCUCUCA